GCAACCCAGCAGGAACACUUCCCGAGACUGUCUGCUUCCACCAGAGACAGAGAGCCAGAGAGAGAGAGAGAGAGACCCAGGGAGAGACGGAGAGGGGACCGAGACACUCACUGAAGAUGUACAGAUCCACCAAGGGGGCAUCCAAAGCGAGAAGGGACCAGAUCAACGCGGAGAUCCGGCACCUAAAGGAGCUGCUGCCUAUUUCAGAGAGUGACAAGUCUCGUCUCUCUUACUUGCACAUCAUGUCCCUGGCCUGUAUGUACACCAGGAAAUCCGUCUUCUUUGGUGCAGAAGGAGCUCUGGAAGGAACAGUCCCCCUGAUCUCCUCCCCAGAGUUGGCCGACUUUGUGCAGUCUCUCCCUGGUUUUCUCAUCGCCCUGAGCAGCGAAGGCAAACUCAUCUACGUCUCGGAGAAUGUGUCUGAGCACCUGGGACACUCACUG